GAAUCGAAUCAAACGUCAGUUGUGUGACACGACGACUUCUCCUCAGUUCCGUGACAACAAACAUUCAAAACAAAACACUUCUCCUUGAUAAGCAACGAGGGUUUGACAUGACAAUGUCUCCUGAAGUAUUUUUCCUGACACUGUGUCCUCUCCUACUGGGUGCAUAUCAAGCUCCUGAGGACAAGGAGGACAUCUUUACCACCCGCUCGUGUCCUGCGUUCCUCGUGUUCGAUAACGCAGCGUACGUAGCUGACAUGACCAUCGAGCUUCCCUGUCACUGUAAGCCAGCAGACGUUCUCUCAGUGGUGUGGUACUAUCAGAAACACCUGGGUCCAGACAACGCCAAAGUCCUGACCGACUUCUCAGGGACGGCCAUAACAGAUUCAUCCAAAGUAGGAAGUGAAAUGAACCUGCGCCAGCGGUUUUCCAUCCGUUUAUUCAAUCUGCUGAUCUUCAGGGCUCAGCAGGACGACUCCGGGCAUUACGUCUGUGGCACGGCUUCGGGACAAUUCUUCUUCGGCUAUGAUGUAGAUGUUCAAGUCGCUCUGAACGUUUUCUUUCCCUGGAACCCCGAACAACGAGACAAACUCAAAUCCAAUUCCAACGAGCACUUCAGAGUGUUUACCAGCUACUGGCCUUGGUCUGUGUGUGACCGGUGCGACGUGCCAGGCGAGCAGGUCCGAGUGGGGCUCUGUUACGUCAUGAGUGAAUAUCUACAAGUGCGCUACCUUCGAGAGAGCAGAAACGUGACUUCGUGCGGUUCUUCUGCUGUUCCUCCGCGCUUCGGUUUGAGCGGCGCGGACCACGGGGCGGAGCUCAGUGUUAGAAGUUGCGAAUCUUUCUGCCCUCCUAAACCUCCGCUAAAUCCAAAGCGAAAGGCUCUGCUGGAGUUCCUCGGGUAUGACAAUCCAGCUUCUCCAGAGCAUCAGAUCUACUACCACAACCAUCCAACAGACUCCGAUGUCCUCUUGUCGUGUCCCAAAGCCAGGCCGGAGCACACAGUGGCGUGGGAUAAAGGCUCUACACCUCUUUAUCGCUCCAAGUACAUGGAGGGUGUGGAUCCAAAUGCACGUGUCUUCAUAGAUUUAGGUCACCAUCUUCAUUUCAGACCUGUGAAAAUGGAGGACAAAGGAACAUACUACUGCUGGAUCCAAGGCAGAAAGACUGCUGAGAUCAGACUCGGCGUUUACACACAACUCGGACGCCAGCGCAGAAUCAGUGACCCAGAGUCUGUCUUCGGCCUCAGGGCCAUUCUUCUGUGCUACGGCGUUCUCACUGCUGUGUUUCUCCUCAUCAUAACCCCCCGAUUCAUUUAUGACCUCACCGCAGAGCUAACGGCCUCGAAUUAGCUUUCAAUAAAUAUAUUUAUACCUUC